UUACAGGCACUUCUUUGUUAGUAUCUUUCUUCUUUCUGGUCUACCAAUGAACUUAACAAUCUUUGUUAUCAAAGUAUGUUGGUGUUCUUUGUUGCAGAAAUAUAGGCUGGGGAAAAGUCAACAAUCAGAGACCUAUCAUGACAAUAAGCAAGAAGAUUUCUUUGCUGCAGACGACAAAUUGAAUCAGAGAAGAGAUGAUCAUUUCAGUGGGGAAGUUGGUGAUGCAACCCAGAAUCAGAAUAAUGGAAGUAUGCCGAUGGCUCGGGCUCUACAAAUGCAAAUGGAUGUGCAGAGGAAACUUCAUGAACAAAUUGAGGUGCAAAGACAUUUGCAGCUGCGAAUUGAGGCUCAAGGAAAGUAUUUACAGUCAGUACUAAAGAAAGCACAAGAAACACUAUCUGGGUAUGAUUCUUCUUCAGUUGGAGUGGAACUUGCAAAAGCUGAAUUAUAUCAGUUGGUUUCAAUGGUUGACAAUGGAUGCCUGAGUUCUUCGUUAUCGGUACAAAAAGAUAUUAGAUGCUCGAGCUCAAAAUAUUCAGAAAAGAGUCCAAUGGGAGGCACAGGAUGUUCACUGGAAAGCUCCUUCACAUCAUCUGAGAGCUCGGGGCAAAAGGAAGAGAAGAAAUCCAAGCAUGAGUGGAGGAGAUGCCAAUUCAGUUGUACUGUCACUAACGGAUAAGAAUCCAAGGCCGAAGGAAAAGGGUGUACCAAGCAAUCAAAUAAGCGGAAGGAAGAGAAGUGAGAGCACCAUUUCUGAUGGUGAUUGGGCAGAACAACCUUCGGGUAAACACUCACACAAAACUGGUGAUCAAUUGACAAGGUUUGGAUUAAUGGAGACCUUUGAUCUGAACAUCCAAUAUCUGACCGACUUUGAUUCAGGUCCAAAAGCCAUAGACUUGAACUGAGAAGGUAAUAAUUCAAAUGACAUUCAGUGCUUUGAGGCAUUGAUAUCAGAUGAGAUUAAGUAAUAUAUACAAAUAUAAUGCAUUGCUUAUAUUUGCUUAUAAAAAAUUAUGUAUAUUGUUGUGUAUGGAUCCCAAGUCACUUCCCACAAGUAAAUCCAUAUUGAAAGGUAAUAAUA